UUAUUCCAGUCAGAAAUUAAUUCAACAUCCUGUUUGCAUAUGUCCUCAUGAUUUUCAAUAAAAGCUUUUUCCUCUUGUAUUGUUUGCUUGACAAUUUCAAUUGAAUUUUUCUAAAAUAGCAAUCAAUUUAAUUUGUGCAUUGAAAAAAAAACGUAAUUUGUAUAUGUCUAAACUAACGUAGUCAGAAUCACGAAAUAUAUUAAUCAAUCAUUGAUGUUUCUUUAAUGAAUAGGUACAGCUCUGAACACUGUACUAGGACAAUGUCCAUUAAUGUAUCAACCGACAUUUGGUCGGAUAGAUUCCUGCGACAACUCAGUUGGAAGCGUUUGCCGUAUAAGAUGCCAACCCGGUUACGAAUUACUCGGAAAUUCAAUCUUAAAGUGCAAUCAAGAUGGAGUUUGGUCGGGAAAUCCACCGUCUUGCAUAGAUCGACAAAUUGUAUGUAGACAAACUCCUACCCUUCCUCCUCAUGCCGAAUUACCUCAAAAUUGUCCGAAUUAUUUGGGUUCUCAGUGCCGAUUGAGAUGUAAAAGAGGUUACGCUCUGGUUGGAAACGGAGCUGUCACUUGCAAUGUCGACGGGGAAGACGCAAUUUGGAUAGUAAAUCCGGGACAAUGCAGAAGAGUUCGUUGCCGCAAACUACGCAGUCCUAACAACGGUUAUUUCGUCAAUAAAUGCAAAAGAAAUGUGGGUGCGCAAUGUGUAAUUGGAUGUCGACCUCCGUAUAUCGUCGGUGGCACCAACGUUCGUAGAUGCCUUCCUAAUGGAAGAUGGACUGGCGCACGUAAUGCAUGCAUCAUGGGAGAGCAAUGUCCAUCAAUUACUGGCUUGAAUGGAGGACAGUUAUCUGGAGUUUGUCAACCUGGUAUUAUUGGAGAAAGUUGCCAGUUUUCUUGUAACGCGGGAUAUCAAUUAAUUGGAUUAAGCAAUAUUUUAUGUUUGAGAAACGGAUCUUGGUCGGGGCCACCACCGACGUGUCAAGGUACAGCUCUGAACACUGUACUAGGACAAUGUCCAUUAAUGUAUCAACCGACAUUUGGUCGGAUAGAUUCCUGCGACAACUCAGUUGGAAGCGUUUGCCGUAUAAGAUGCCAACCCGGUUACGAAUUACUCGGAAAUUCAAUCUUAAAGUGCAAUCAAGAUGGAGUUUGGUCGGGAAAUCCACCGUCUUGCAUAGAUCGACAAAUUGUAUGUAGACAAACUCCUACCCUUCCUCCUCAUGCCGAAUUACCUCAAAAUUGUCCGAAUUAUUUGGGUUCUCAGUGCCGAUUGAGAUGUAAAAGAGGUUACGCUCUGGUUGGAAACGGAGCUGUCACUUGCAAUGUCGACGGGGAAGACGCAAUUUGGAUAGUAAAUCCGGGACAAUGCAGAAGAGUUCGUUGCCGCAAACUACGCAGUCCUAACAACGGUUAUUUCGUCAAUAAAUGCAAAAGAAAUGUGGGUGCGCAAUGUGUAAUUGGAUGUCGACCUCCGUAUAUCGUCGGUGGCACCAACGUUCGUAGAUGCCUUCCUAAUGGAAGAUGGACUGGCGCACGUAAUGCAUGCAUCAUGGGAGAGCAAUGUCCAUCAAUUACUGGCUUGAAUGGAGGACAGUUAUCUGGAGUUUGUCAACCUGGUAUUAUUGGAGAAAGUUGCCAGUUUUCUUGUAACGCGGGAUAUCAAUUAAUUGGAUUAAGCAAUAUUUUAUGUUUGAGAAACGGAUCUUGGUCGGGGCCACCACCGACGUGUCAAGUUAUUGCUUGUCCUUCGCUUCCCGUUCCUCAAAAUGGUAAAUACAAUGGAAUAUGUUCGCCCGGUCAACCCAAUCAAUGGUGUAACUUCCAAUGUAACGAAGGUUAUACUUUAUCUGGCAGUAGUAAUUUAUUAUGUCAAGCCAACGGAACUUGGUCAAAUGCGCCACCCACCUGUCAAGUUAGUAACUGUCCAGCAAUUACAAAUACCGAAGAAGGAAUCAUAAGCGGAACGUGUAGUCCUGGAAUAGUUGGUCAGUCGUGUUACUUCAGUUGUAAAUCCGGUUACAAUCUGAUAGGUCCUAAUAGUAUUGUUUGUCGAGCCGGUGGAAUUUGGUCAACGGAUCCUCCUUAUUGUGAAAAGGUGAAUUGUCCGCCAUUGAAUGCGCCUGCAAAUGGAAUUCAAAGCGGAGUAUGUUCCCCGGGAGAAAUUGGUCAGUGGUGUUAUUUUCAAUGCAACAAUGGAUUUGCUCUAUCCGGAAAUGAAAAUCUAUUAUGUCAAGCUGGCGGUAUCUGGUCUGGCACUCCUCCGUUAUGCCAACGAAGAGCUAUAUGCCCCAUAAUUCAGCUCCCUAAUAAUGCAAAUUUAGUAAACUGUAACAACGAGGUGGGAGGAGUAUGCGUUGUGAAAUGCAAUCAAGGAUACAUCCAGUCCGGAUCAAAUUCGUUGGUGUGUUUGGCCAAUGGUCAAUGGAGUGGAAAUAUACCAAUAUGUAAACGUCGUUACGUAACAACGACGACAACAACUUAUCGUGUUGUUCCGUUAUGGGUUAUUUGGCUCGGAAAACGAUAAUUCUUUUUAGUAAAUUUAUUUAAAUCUCUGCAUCAAUUUUUUUAAUAAAUCAAAAUGAAUCUUGAUUUAAAGAUUUUA